UCAUUUGUAUAAUUCGUGAGGUAACGUGUGCAGGGUAAAUUUGCAAGUAAAGAGUGUACUGAUCCGUGGCAGUUUGACAAACUGGAGCGCUGAAUUGAAUAAUUAGUGUAGUAUAUAACGCGGCCGGAAAAUGACAGAGGUACAGUGCACUUCGCUUGCUCACUGGAGAACCUUGUUAACAACAUGAACUCAUAUAUUGUGGUAUCCUGCCUUUUGGCAUUCGCUGCCAUCGUCUCAGCAAACCCCCCGGCGACGCUCUCAUACCUCCCCUUAGCGACCAUCGAGAAUAUCCCGAACCCAAGCUACGGGUUCAACUACGCCGUGAACGACCCGGCCACGGGCGACAACAAGGCGCAGUGGGAGACGCGCAACGGCGACGUCGUCCAGGGCGCCUACUCGCUCGUGGAGCCCGAUGGGAACGUCCGAGUCGUCGAGUACACUGCCGAUUCGUUGCGUGGCUUCAACGCCGUUGUAAAGAGGACCGGCCCUAAUGUGCACUCUGUCGGGUUGGCCGCAGCGCCUGUUAUUGCACCGGUUGCUACCAUCGCUGCCGCUCCAAUCGCGCACGCUCCCAUCGCUGCCGCUCCGAUCGCGCACGCUCCUAUCGCAGCCUACGACCCCGAACCUAUCGUCCACAGCCCGAUCAUCACCCCGAUAAUCGACACCGCGCCCAUAAUCGCCCCUUACGACGUAUACCCUAUCUACCCCUCACUAGAGCCCUACGUGCAGCUCUCGGGCUCCACCUACGGCCACAAAGGCAACAUAGUCCGCCGAUGGACCGCCGGGCCCAUCUCUCUCGCCGGCCAAAAGUUGACCAUUCGAACCAAGCACUGAUCUAGUGCUAAUAUUUAUAAGCUUCUACGUGUAUAGGUAACCAUAGUUACUCACGGCGCUUGUGUGUUUUGGCAUACAGAUAUAUGUUAAAAUACACAUAGGUCUUGAUAGAAGUUAAGUUACGGUUAAAUUCCAAAGCAUCGAAGUGUACCUGAGCGAAUAUGUAUUUAAGAAUAAAUGUAAA